UACGAAAACUAACAAUGAAUCAAGCAUUGACUGGACGUGGUGGAUCACAAGCAUGGAGAUGUUGCUGCGUCGUGUGUAAAGUAGUUUGCGAGGUAUGAGGCAAGGGACGCUUGAACGCGUAUGUAUAAAUACUCGAUCAACCAGAAAGAAGCUCUCAGUCAAGUCCGCAGUUUCAUUACUCCAAGUCCGUUUUACCAGCACCUCUAUCUAGUUCACCACAAGCUAAAGUGCCGGUCAAGUGUAAAAACUAUCAUAUUUUAAGUGAAGUUAAUGACAUAAAAAUGUCAGGAAGAAAUAAUAACUCACCUGUACAUGGAGCUCUUAAGCUUCUUAUCUUGACCAGUACGAUUUUAUACAGUGUCCAGUGUGUUCUAAGUCAUCAACCAUCGCCGCGGAAAAAUCACACCUCGCCGCGGUCAGCUCUGCAUCUUCCAGCAGUAGAGCGAGCCAGAAAAUUCCGAUGCACGGAACCACAGCCACGUGCUUAUCAUCUCAAAGAUUUGAUGGACAGUCAGGGUCUGCUCGAGUCUAACGAAACACCAAAUCUACCAGCUUACCUGGUGAUACGUCGGUGUGACGGUUACUCAGGUUGCUGUGCUUCGCCUGAAAUGAUGUGCAUGCCCUUGGAAGAUUCGAUCGAACAUGAGGAACUAGACGUUCAAUUUUGGAGCGUUAACACCAAAAAAUUUACGUUCAAGCGAAUUACUGUUGAGCAGCAUCACAAUUGCAGUUGCGAGCCGGCUAAUAAUACAGAGAGAGAGGCUUUGGAGAGCAAAAGACCACGGAUUACUCUGGUGUCUUAAAUUUAGAAAAAUUUUAAUUUUUAAAUUUAUUGUGCAAUUGUUCAAAUAGAAUAAUUAUUAUUAUCAUUAAUUAUAAUAAUAUAAGUGAUAACAUUCUGAUGGCUGUGAUAACUUGACUACUUUAUUAAUUUAUUUGUCUCGAAUAUAUUUAUUAUUCGUAAUAUUUUUUAGUCGUUUUUUAAAUAUAUAUUUCUGUAGACAUAUCAUAGUUAUUAAAUUCCAAAGACAUUGCGUGGGUGUGUUGUAUGUCUGCUGAUAAUUUUUACUGCUGUCUAGUAUAAUAGUAAAUGUAUAGUGUAAGUGUUAAAGAAGAAUCACUUUCAGGUGACGGCUUAACAUACCGUGAUACUUUUUAUUACCACGCGAGUGAUUCAAAAUUAUAUAUAUAUAAAUGUAAUAAAAUAAUUGGCAAUAAGCCCAAAAAAAACGCAUUGACGCCCUCGUGGCGCCAAUGGUCUUGGAAUAUCAGAUAAAUUAAAUUAUCACAAGAUACCUGUUGGUGACUUUUUUGUUUGAACAUCAAUUAACACUUGAACAAGUGCGACUAACAGCUUUAAAAAAAAAUACUGUAUCUUAUAAUUGUAAAAAAAAGUUGUGAUAUUUAAAUUAGAAUAAUUUGUGAAUAGUAAAUUAAAUUAAUGAGUAGUAAUACGAUACUUGACACAAUGAAAUGUACCUGUUAUAUUUCAUUUUACAACUUGGAUGGUUGCCUUAAACUUUUUGCCAGCAAUGUGCAUUUUAUAAAUGUAUUAUUAUUUAUCUCCAUCAUCAUUAUCAUCAGCUUGCUUCUAUAAAUGUAUUGCGUGAGUGUGAAUGUACCAGACGUAAGACAAUUUAUUAAUUUUAAAUAAAUUCAAAUAAUUAAAAUGAUACUGAAGUCAGCCAACGUCUAAUAAUUUUUGGAUUUUUUUAAAAAUCAUAAAUUAUAAAAAAAAAAUAUUUAAAAGAAUUGCACCUGUAGUUUUUAAAAUUUUCGACAUGUGCUUAUUUUUAGUUUUUGUUUUUUUAUAAUUGAUUUGCAAAAAAAAAAAUCCGAAAAUUACUAAUCGUCUACUAACUUCAGGAUCAUAUAAUUAAAUUUAAAAAAAUGCGCGUUCUGAUUUUUUAUUUAUCUAAAUAUGCAUUUUUUAUUUUUAUUCUACUUACAGUUUUAUUAUUUAUUCAAAAAUUUAAAAAAUUCCCACUUGUCGGUGACAUUGCAGUCAUAAGUGUGAAUGUAACUAAGUGGGAAUUUUUUAAAUUUUAUAAUAAAUAAAUAAAUAAAAUGUAAGUAGAAUAA